AAACUCUUUUACCUUGGAACUUUUAUCUAUACACUCUGACCUGUUCCUUUGUGAUGUGGCAGAGGAAGGCUACUGCUGGUAUGGAUUCUUGCACUCUGACAGCCCAAAGAAUGGAAGAAGAGGAACUGCUGAAGGAAAGGUUUCAGGCCAUCACGGACAAAAGGAAGCUACAAGAAGAAAUAACUCAGAGGCGCCUUAAAGUGGAAGAAGAAAAGCUAAAACACCAGCAUUUAAAGAAAAAAGCUUUGCGGGAGAAAUGGCUCUGGGAUGGAUUAAGUACCCUUUCUCCAGAAGAACAGAAAGAAAUGCAAAACCAACAUCGGGAAGACCAACACCGAAUUAAGAAACUGGAACAAAAUAUUCUCAGGCUUGAGCAAGAAAUUGAGGAUCUCGAGAAAGAAGAAUUGAAAAUCUCGGUAAAAGAAAAAGCCAUUUUGAAGAAGCUUAAAUCUGUUGAAAGGACCACAGAAGAUAUUAUAAAGUCUGUGAAAGUGGAAAGAGUAGAGACUACAGAAGAGCCAGCUGACUAUAUAUAUGCCAACAUACCAGACCUUCCGAAACCUUUCAAACCUUCUGCACUUAAAAAGACAGGCCAUCUACAAACCGAUGAUGAAGAAGAAAAUCGAAAAGCAUUGUUUGCUAUGGAAAUUAAAGUGAAAAAAGACAUGAAGACUGGGGAGAGCACAGUUUUGUCAACAAUACCCCUCCCUUCAGAAGAAUUUAAAGGAGCAGGAGUCAAAGUGUAUGACGAUGGCAGAAAGUCUGUCUAUGCAGUGUGUGCCAAUGGGAGCGUCAAGAAUGAUGAUGUGGAUGAUCUUGCUCCAGUUGAAGUGGAGGAUAUGUUACGACAAGCCACUGAGAAACAAUCCAAGUCUCCCACUGAAUAUCAUGAGCCAGUAUAUGCCAACCAGUUUUGCAGACCCAGAACUCCUCAAAAGAAUAAAUUCAUCCAAGAAGCGAAUGAAGGAAAAGAUAACAUCCAGAAUAAGAUCAGCCACCUUGACCAUUUUUCUAAUGAACUGGUUGAGAAGGAUAAAUGGCAUGAUAUUAAAAAAGACGCUCUAGAUACUUCAAAGAGCUGCCAGCAGAACUCUCAUUGUCCAGUUAGUCAACAAUUAGGAAGGCCCUUACAGGCUAAUCCUCAGAAUAAGCUAGGGUCUUCUGCCCAAAGAGAAGCUACUCAAGAAACUGCUCAGCCAUAUCAAAAGAUGAAGGAAUACCAAGAUAAGAAGAUCAGAAACUCUUCUCCGGCAGCACUAGAGAGUGAGGAUAAUUAUAGCGUGGUCCAAGCUACCCCAUGUUACGCCGUGGAUGAUACAGAAGAACCGGUUACAAUGAUUUUCAUGGGAUACCAGCAUGUGGACGAUGAAGAACUAAAUAAAAAAAUCUGUGGGUAUGAUGGGAUUAUCCAUGCGGAACUUGUUGUCAUCAGCGAUGACAGUGAAGAAGAAGGAAAAAAAAAUGAGACACCUCUUUAUCAUCCAGUGGGUCCUUAUAGUCAGGUCUAUCAGCCAUCCAAUCAGACAUGUGCAGCUUCACAGACUAAAACUUCCGGAGACAACAUAAACAAGCCACUUUACAAAAAUUCCAUGUCACUGAAAGAACAAGAAGAAAGUUUGAGCUCUUCUACCUUUAAUGGUCAACUUGAUGGCCACUUAGCAAGUGAUGGAACAGAGGAACCUUCCUUAACAGCUCUGAGAAUGAGAAUGGCAAAGCUGGGGAAAAAAGUGAUUUAAACAGCUGCAGUGAUAUAAUACUAAAAUCCUGGCAGUUUAACAAAAGCGAAAGAAGAAUUUUCUAUGUUUUGGACCUGUGUAGCUUUUACUUAUCAUCAACUAUACAUCCAUAAUAAUGGCACUUCACAGGAAAAUGAAUGUUUGCCAGUCCUAAUAUAUGGAUACUCUGAUCCAUAAAUUGAAUAUUGUUAAAACAGUGUAUUCCUCAAGGAAUUAUUAGUGGCAUUUGUUAGGAAUUUGUCAGCCUUAUUAUAUUUUAUAAGAGCUGAAGGAUCAGUGUCAUGAAUACAAUGCAUCUAGAGUUUUGUUGGAGUCUUGCCCAUCAUCUUCUCCGACUAUACCAAAACAUGAAUAUAAGAUAUGAACUGAUUUUCCAAUUCCUACUGAACUCUAUUCCAUUUCAGCAGUGUUUUUCAAAUUGGGCAAAAGCACUCCCCGUGUGUGUGUUUGAUAUUGGAAGCUGAUGACUUUAUUAUGGCUGGUGGAUAAAGCCAUUAAAGUACCCCUAAUAUUAUCAAUAGUAAUGCAUCCUACAGAGGCAGCCGUAUCUCAUUUUCCUUUUGAACAUUGGAAAAUGCCCCAUUGUUUGGGAAAUGGGGGGGGGGCACUCUAUCCUUCAUGCCAUUGCUUUCCAUAUUCCUAUCUAUGUUUAUUGCCCAUUUUUGGAAUUUAGCCAGUAAGGAUUCCUUGUCCCAACUGUUCUCCUUUUUGUUUCCUCUAAGCCGCCUGAUAAAAAAGUUUGCUUUUGAGCUGGAAUGUACAUACCUCUCCCAGUUUUUGUACCAAAUCUUGCAUUUAUCAUCAUAGUAUCUCAAUACUUAAAAGACACUCAGAAACUGGGUUAUUAAAAUAUUGCUCUGGUCAUUAGUAGCUACUUGCUUCUGAUUGCGGCUUGGCCCAGAAAUCAGAAUGUUCUGUUAUGAUAUAUGCAAGGCUUUGUUUGGUUGAGUCUGUAUGUUUGGAGAGAGUGUUUCAUAUUUGUGUUCCAAAAAAAUAUUCAGUGUAUUCAGAUGUUUUGUUAAUGUUAUGUAUUUUUAAAACAUAUUUCUCUUGGAAAGAUUAGACUACUACGGACAACUUCAACAUAACUAGCUGUGGCUGUAAACCUAAUCAAUAGCACCACACAGUGUUUCAAUUGUGGAAAUGUUAUUGCAGUGUAUUGAA